CGACCCACUUUCCGCACCUCCCGCCUGACGCAGAUGCACGCCUCCGGCUCCAGCUCGUCGCCCAUCCACGCGGCCUCGCUCGUCGACCCCGCCACACACUCGCCUGCUGUUAUGCAGCUCAUCGAUAUACGACUGACAAAGCCCGUCGUCGAAUACCUCAUCGAAUCUGUAGUCGAGACGGUCGACUUCGCGAUGGGCCGCGCCUCCACACCAAGGGGCCGGAGCUCGUCGCGCUACAUCACCUCUUUCACCACCUUCGUCGAUAACGUCCUGACUAGGGCUGAGGUCACCCCCGCCACCGUCCUCGCCGCGCUCGUCUACAUCUCCCGUGCCCGCCCCCAUCUGUCCAUCGCCCUCGAGGAGUGGGCGCUCGAGCGUGUUUUCCUGGGCGCGCUUAUCGUCGCUUCCAAAUACACAAACGACUCGACGCUGAAGAACAUCCACUGGGCCCUAUGCACGGGCGUCUUCGGCAAGCGCGAUGUGGGGCGGAUAGAGCGCGAGAUGCUCGAGGUGCUCAACUGGGAGCUGGCCAUCAAGGAGGCCGACCUCCUCGCACACCAUUCCGCCUUGACGGCCGUCGCCUUCCCCGCCAAACAUAUCCCCACUUCCUUUGUCCGCACACACACCCGCCACGCCCCGUCUGUGUCCGUCCCCGAGCUUGCCCCGAGCUCCCCGGGCUCGUCCUUCGGCUCGUUCUCCCCGCCGACCCCCAUCCACGUGCCGCGCGAUGUGCCCGUGGACGUUGCGCCUUCGCAGCCGAAGGGCAGGUUCAACGACCUCAUCCGCGCCUUCCCAAUACCGAUUCCUAUCCGCCACCGCCCACACCAUCCCCGCAUACACGUCGCCUAA